GCGGCCCGGGCCGGAAGUCGGCGAGUUCCCGGGCGUGUGUCGGUGUCUGUCUCCCAGCUGCGCGCGGCCCGGCAGGCUCGCUGGGGAUUCCCGUCCGAGGCUCCAGCUCUGUCACUACUGUCACCCACGGAGCCACUGCCGGAGGGGAGUAGACCCGGCCCUUCGCCGGGCAUUGAAGAUGUUGCCCCUGUCCAUCAAAGACGAUGAAUACAAACCACCCAAGUUCAAUCUGUUCGGCAAGAUCUCGGGCUGGUUUAGGUCCAUCCUGUCGGACAAGACGUCUCGGAACCUGUUUUUCUUCCUGUGCCUGAACCUAUCUUUCGCUUUUGUUGAACUCCUCUACGGCAUCUGGAGCAACUGCCUAGGGUUGAUUUCCGACUCUUUUCACAUGUUUUUCGAUAGCACUGCCAUUUUGGCUGGAUUGGCAGCGUCUGUUAUUUCGAAAUGGAGAGAUAAUGAUGCUUUCUCUUAUGGGUAUGUCAGAGCGGAAGUUCUGGCUGGCUUUGUCAAUGGGCUUUUUUUGAUCUUCACUGCCUUUUUUAUUUUCUCAGAAGGAGUUGAGCGAGCGCUGGCCCCGCCCGACGUGCACCACGAGAGGCUGCUGCUGGUGUCCAUCCUGGGGUUUGUGGUGAACCUGGUGGGAAUCUUCGUCUUCCAGCACGGAGGUCACGGGCAUUCGCACGGCUCCGGCCACGGACACAGCCAUUCCCUCUUUAACGGCUCUCUGGACCAGGCCCACGGCCGGGGAGACCACUGCCACAGCCACGAACCGAAACACGGGGCUGCACACGGCCACGGGCACAGCCACGGGCAUAGCCACGGGCACUUCCACUCCCACGAUGGCCCCUCCUUAAAAGAAACCACAGGACCCAGCAGACAGAUUCUACAAGGCGUGUUUCUGCACAUCCUGGCGGACACCCUGGGGAGCGUCGGGGUGAUCGCCUCCGCCAUCCUGAUGCAGAAUUUCGGCCUGAUGAUAGCGGACCCCAUCUGCUCCAUCCUGAUCGCCGUGCUCAUCGUCGUCAGUGUUAUUCCUCUUUUAAGAGAGUCUGUUGGAAUAUUAAUGCAGAGGACCCCUCCUUCGCUGGAAACUGUUCUGCCUCAGUGCUAUCAGAGGGUGCAGCACCUGCAGGGCGUGUACAGUUUGCAGGAGCAGCAUUUCUGGACCCUGUGUUCCGACGUGUACGUGGGGACCUUGAAGGUGGUGGUGGCGCCGGACGCUGACGCCAGGUGGAUUUUAAGCCAGACACAUAACAUUUUUACUCAGGCCGGAGUGAGGCAGCUCUACGUACAGAUUGACUUUGCAGCCGUGUAAGGGGUGAGGAGAGACUGCUGCUGCUCCGGGUCCGAAGUUGCCGGUACUGUACCCAGCCUUGUCACAGCGGGGGCGCCCCGCCGCCGCAGCUCCCCGGCCCGGCAGAUGACGGGGGCGGCUGCGGGCGCCCUGCGGGGCUCGCAGCUGGGGGCGAGGACUGAGACCCCCUCUCCUGGACGGACGCCGCCGGGCCUGGUCCUUGGUGCCUGCCCCUCCCGACCCUUGGAUUUCUGGGCUUUCUGGGUUCGCCCCAGGCGGUGUGUUCGUUCGUUCGUCAGUUUGUUUCUCUUUUCCCCUGUCCCUCCCGGCGUCCUCAGGCCACCCCGCCUCCUGGCCAGCCCGAGCGCGGCUGCAGCUGCGCCGUCUGGAAGGUCUUCACUGAAGUGGCCGCAGACCGCUUCUUCCAUUCCCACAAAACCAGUGUUAUUAAAACAAGAAAGAAAAGAAAUGGGAACCUUUUUUACAUGUAACGUCACAGCCGCUGACGUCCUUCAGUGUAACCCUACGUUUGUGAAGUUGUUUGUACCUUGCAAACUUACGAACCAAACCAUAUUGGGUUUUCCAAGUGCCUUGUCUCAGAAAGUGUGCUCGCCCGCAGGGCAGUCCGCCGCCGUGUGCGCUUUUCAAUAGUCGUUCUGUGAUCCGUCCCGAGUGAGGCUCCUGGUAGUGACGUGUACAGACUGUCUUUCUGUGUGCUGCCCGCAGGGGUUAGCUGUGUGGGCAUUGUCCUUUUAUUGCUCUAUCUUGUCCAAAAAAAUAAAAGGUAAUGUUUUGCUUUUUAAAUCCAA